AAUCGUAAACCAGUAAACGUAAUAAAAUAAACAGUACCCCAUAACUCUUUUAAAUGCCACGGUAAUUGUGUUGUUACGAGGAGUCGAAUUAAUUGCCAUUAAAGAACGGCAUCAGGAAAUGCAAAUCGGUGUCGUGACCUAACUUGUUGCUGCCAUCUGGGCAAUCCGGGCAAUCCUGGCCUCCGUUGUCAUGGGCAACGGGGUCGUUUUGUCGAAGCUUCUCCUGUCAGGCGUGCUAUUAAUAGUUAGAUUCAGUUUCCAGUUACCCAGUUAAGCAGCAACACUCGGCGGGAUCAACAACUUUUUGCGGAAAUAUAAAACAUGUCCUAUUCCAGCCGAUUUGGUUUCGACUUCCACCUGCCGGAUGAGGGAUGGUGCUACCCCAAGAACGACAUGCACUUCAUCCGCAGCGCGGAGUGGGUGCCCGUGGAGAAGGCGGGCGUGGGUCGCUCCUUCGCCAAUCCCAAUGGCGUGAUCUAUCCGCGGGUGGUCGGCAUGAUUCCACGCUACGGCGGCCACGUUCCGGGCAACAAAUUCCGUGUGGGCAACACCUACGGCCGUUCCACCAUCGACGCCAAGCGUCAUCUGGCCCUCAACCACGAUUGAGCAGCGAGUUCUCGGAUCACUAGCUCACCAUUAGCCAAUCAAAUUCGCUGUGUUACGCUUACAGAAGCACCCGAAAUAAAUCGUAUACAGUAGAAA